ACUUUUUUUCUUUUUUUCAUAAAUAUAAAAAUGUUGCGCACUAGUUUUAAUAUUGUUCAACGCCGUAGUUUCUUUAAUACGAGCCGUGUGAUGAUUGCUGAGGGUGAUUCUAUCCCCAACAUUGAAGUUCAACUCAAGUCUCCCGGAGAGACUGUAAAGACACUUGAUUUAUUCAAGAACAAAAAGGCUGUCUUGUUCGGUGUUCCCGGUGCUUUCACACCUGGUUGUAGCAAGACACAUUUACCUGGUUAUGUCAAGGAAGCCGCCAAUUUAAAGUCCAAGGGAGUUGACUUGGUUGCGUGUGUGGCUGUCAAUGACGCGUUUGUUAUGUCUGAAUGGGGUAAGGCACAUAAUGCUGAAGGAUCUGUCACUUUAUUAGCCGAUUCCAAGGGUGAAUUAGCCAAGGCCAUGGACCUUGAUUUUGACGCUACAGGUGCAUUGGGUAACCAUCGUUUCAAGCGAUUCGCUGCUAUUCUUGAUAAUGGCAAGGUUACCAAGUUAUUUGUUGAACCUGAUACUACUGGUCUUAAUGUCAGCUUGGUCGAGAAUGUCGUCAAGAGUUUAUAAUCGCCGUCAUAAAAAUAAAAUAAAACUCCUCUCCCUUUUUUUUGUGUUGUGCUACAAAAAAUGAUGAUUAGCGUCAAAAAGUAUUUAUAUACAUUUUUUCCUCCUUUUU